CUUAUUAAAUAGAAGUUAGAUGGAUCGAACUAUUCCACUUCGACAUUUGAAGACUGUUCUGAAUCAAGGGGUUGGGAGGUACCUCCCGCAACUUCAAAGACUUACUUUCCAGUUCUCCAAAACCAGAAUGAAUAACAAAGGAGUGAGAGAUUUUUUGGAAUCAAAGUCGGAGCGUUUUUGCAAGAAACACCCUCACGUGGUACUGUACGUUCUGCCCACUGACGCGCCUCAAUCAAGGAUCAUAGCAGAAUAUCUGAACGGGAACAACCUGGAAAUCAACCCGAACGAUUUCACAUUAAAGCAGGUUGAAUAUUGGGUGGAAAUUUUCAACUCUAAAUCUGGCCAGCGUGACUUUAAACUCACAAGCAUGCAUCACACAGAAAUACCCUCCAUACAGGGCCAAUGGACCCCUGCAACCUAUAAGAAGCAACAGUCACUUGGAAAUAAGUUUUGCAAAGUGUUAGACGAAACAGCUGGCGAAUACAAAGUGCAGAUCGAAUCUGCUUCGGAAGAGGAUGCCUCCUGUUCAAGUGUAGAAGAUGUGCCUGCAACGAACGGACUUUUCACGCGAGUCGGGGCAUUCUGACCCCCGGAAAUGAACUGGAAAACUAAACUGAAUAUUUUCUCUGAAUUUAGAAAUAAUUUAAAUUCGUCAUUUAAGUCUAAAAGAAAAUUGUUUCUGAAAGGAAAACGGGAAAUAUUAAACGCCAUUUUACAAAGUUUCAUGUAUUAAUUUCCCAAGUAAAAAAUACUACCAAGGAGAGCUUUAGAUCUCCGGUUACUGUA